CACUUUUCAAUCCUCAGAUGUUCUGUUGGAAGGUUGAAGUACAUUUGUGGUCUGAGUUUUUCAGGUUUUUCGUGUUUUUGACAUUUUUCCACAGUCGACGUGCCUGUUGGGUUAAACUAAUAUGCAAGCUCUAAGCCGUUUUGUUGAUGUUGAUCAGCUGAAGUUUCUUAAUGUCCCAGAAAUCUCUUCCGGGCUUCCUGGUCCUCUGAUGUGAAGCUCGAUGGCAAAACUGUGGUUAUCACCGGCGCCAACACUGGUAUCGGCAAAGAAACGGCCAUAGACCUGGCAAAGAGAGGGGCCAAGGUCAUCAUAGCGUGCCGAGACAUGGAGAAAGCGCAGACAGCCUUAAAAGAAAUUAUUGAAAGCUCUGGCAACGACAAUGUCGCUUGCAUGAAACUUGACUUGUCAGACAGCAAAUCCAUCAGAGAGUUUGCCGAAGCCAUCAACCGAGAUGAGCCGAAACUCAACAUCCUCAUCAACAACGCUGGUGUGAUGGUUUGUCCGUACGGGAAGACGGCAGACGGUUUUGAGAUGCAGAUCGGUGUAAAUCACAUGGGUCAUUUCCUGUUGACGUAUUUGUUGAUUGACCUGAUUAAAAGAUCGGCUCCAUCCAGGAUCAUUACCGUGUCUUCCAUGGCUCACGCAUGGGGCUCCAUCAAUCUGGAGGACAUCAACAGCGAGAAGAGCUACAGCAAGAGUAAAGCCUACGCUCAGAGCAAGCUCGCAAACGUGCUCUUCACCCGCUCACUGGCUCAAAGACUAGAAGGCACAGGUGUGACGGCAUACUCUCUCCAUCCCGGAGUUGUUCAGACAGAUUUGUGGCGUCAUCUGAGCAGCCCUGAGCAGAUCUUUAUGAAGAUAGCCAGUCCUUUCACCAAAAACUCCAUCCAGGGAGCUCAGACCACAAUUUACUGCGCCGUGGAACCGUCACUAGUGAACCAGAGCGGUGGAUACUACAGUGACUGCGCUCCUGCCAAGUGCUGUAAUGCAGGAAAAGAUGACGACCUGGCACAGAAGCUGUGGGAGCUGAGCUGCCGUAUGCUCUCCAUAUCAUGGGAAUAAGGAAGCAUGGACGGAAAAGAACGGAAAGGAGCGCCUUUCUCAGUCGAUGCCGUUAUCUUACUAACCAGCAGAGUCUUACGUCACAACACUACCUGCCAGGAAAUGAUGGUCUUAAUAUAAAUGUCCUACGUGUUCUUCCAGCACUUCUUUGUUUGCAAAGAGUGUCUUACAUUCUCAGUAUUUCUGACAAGAUAUAAGAAGUUUUAAAUAACUUUAUGUUCGUUUUAAUAAAAACUUUUAAUGUUUAUUUGGAUACAGUUAAACAUUUUAAUGAGUUUGACUACUCUGAUUUUACUGUACCUGUACUGUACUAAUAAUAAACUCUUCUGUAUUUUUUCA